UCUAGCCAGUAUGACAAGGAGGAACUUCUACAACAACAACAGACAACUAUAAAAACUUUCCUGAGACCUCCCAGUCGUCUUUGUCAGAUUCAAGAAAACUUUAAAACGGGAACUAAAUUAGCAGAUUAAAGGCCUACACUAAGAGAAAAACAACACAUAACCCAGGAACGUCAAUAUUGGAACAAAGUCAGAAGGCAUCAGAACUUAGAAUGAGAUUCUUCACAACAGUCAUUGCUGCCAUGGUAGUGGUCGCCUGUAUUAGCAUAUCAGGCAGUGCUGCUGUUCCUUUCUCUGAGGUGCUGACCGGGGAGACUGGGCAGACAUGGAGACCCACGACAGAAACACAGGAGCUCGCAGUGACAUCACCAGAAGUCACGAAUCCCCUGGCCCUCUUCAGGACAAAACGUCAGAGUCACCUGUCUAUGUGCCGGUACUGCUGCAACUGCUGCCGCAACAAGGGAUGUGGAUACUGCUGCAAGUUCUGAGACCCGCGGACAUUGAGGCGGCCGUCGAGACUUUACCGUCACGCACAAGGCUUAUUGAUGCCGUUUCUUUCUAAAGCAGUGGUGGAAUUCGAAGACGAAUGUGGGCAGCCAGAUCCUUUGAAAAGCCCGGACUGGAACCGACUGCUUUUUGACGGUUGUCAGUUCCUUUCAAAUUCGGCUCAGGAGUCUUUCCUGACCACUUGUGCCGGGAUCCUCCGUAUGGAACCUUUGCAGCCUACCUAACCUGAGUACACUCUAUUAGCUCUCUUCCAGCUCAUUUUCUUAACCAGGAGUCUAUGACAAAUUGUGAUGUCAUUCAAAACAGUAGGGUUUUGUUCACUAUUUGCUGAAUCUUUUGUAAUAUUUAAAUUAUUUUGUACCUGACUUUUUUGUAUAUUAUCUGUUAACUUUUCCCAGAAAUGGUUCAGUGUAAAUAGUUUAAUUAUUGCUUAUGUAUAAAUGAUGCAAACUAAGUGAGUUUUUCUAAUAAACACAG